AAACACUUUUACAUUAUAGAAGAUCUGAGGAUCGUUCUUCUGGGUAAAACUGGAUCAGGAAAGAGCGCAGCAGGAAACACCAUCCUGAACAGAGAAGCGUUUACAGUGAAAGAUUCUCUGAUGUCUGCUUCAAUGAUCUGUAAGAAACAAGAAGCAAAUGUGAGUGGUCAAACGGUAUCAGUGACUGACUGUCCUGGCCUGUUUGACACUUUAGUCAGUCAAAAAACCCUUAAGAUUUUAAUAGAGGAGUGUAUCUAUAUGUCUGCUCCUGGUCCUCAUGCGUUUCUGCUGGUUAUAAGACUGGGUGUGAAAUUCACAGAGGAGGAGAAAAAUGCAGUGAGAUGGAUUCAGGAGAACUUUGGAAAUGAUGCUCUAAAGUACACCAUUGUUCUGUUCACUCAUGCUGAUGCACUGAAGGGUAAACCUGUAGAGGAAUAUAUCAGCAAAAGCAAAUAUCUACAACAGUUAAUUCAGUCCUGCUAUGGUAGAUAUCACUCAUUCAACAAUGAGAACAGAGAUGAUCGAGAUCAGGUCAUAGAACUGCUAAAAAUGAUAGAAAAGAUGGUGAAAUUUAAUGCAAUGAAUCCCUACACUAAUGCCAUGUAUAAAGCAGCCCAAGAGAAGAUUAGGAAGGAGCAGAUGCUACAGAAGCUGGAAAGAGAGGACUAGCAGCAGCAGGAGAAGUUGUUGCUGCAGGGGCCAGAGGAGCUGCAGCAGCUUUUUCUGCAGUGGAAACAGCAGCAGAAACAGCAAAAAAAAAAACACUUUUACAUUAUAGAAGAUCUGAGGAUCGUUCUUCUGGGUAAAACUGGAUCAGGAAAGAGCGCAGCAGGAAACACCAUCCUGAACAGAGAAGCGUUUACAGUGAAAGAUUCUCUGAUGUCUGCUUCAAUGAUCUGUAAGAAACAAGAAGCAAAUGUGAGUGGUCAAACGGUAUCAGUGACUGACUGUCCUGGCCUGUUUGACACUUUAGUCAGUCAAAAAACCCUUAAGAUAUCAAUAGAGGAGUGUAUCUAUAUGUCUGCUCCUGGUCCUCAUGCGUUCCUACUGGUUAUAAGACUGGGUGUGAAAUUUACAGAGGAAGAGAAAAAUGCAGUGAGAUGGAUUCAGGAGAACUUUGUAAAUGAUGCUCUAAAGUACACCAUUGUUCUGUUCACUCAUGCUGAUGCACUGAAGGGUAAACCUGUAGAGGAAUAUAUCAGCAAAAGCAAAGAUCUACAACAGUUAAUUCAGUCCUGCUAUGGUAGAUAUCACUCAUUCAACAAUGAGAACAGAGAUGAUCGAGAUCAGGUCAUAGAACUGCUAAAAAUGAUAGAAAAGAUGGUGAAAUUUAAUGCAAUGAAUCCCUACACUAAUGCCAUGUAUAAAGCAGCCCAAGAGAAGAUUACAUUUUCAUCUACAGGGUCUGAUCUGAGGAUCGUUCUUCUGGGUAAAACUGGAUCAGGAAAAAGUGCAACAGGAAACACUAUACUAGGCAGAAAGGCUUUUGAAGUUGUUGAUUUCAUGAAAUCAGCAAAUAAACUGUGUGAGAAACAGGAAGGAAAGGUGGGAGGAAGAAACGUCUCUAUAAUAGACACUCCAGGACUGUUUAACACAGCUAUGGAUAAACAACAAGUGAAGGCUGAAAUAGAAAAGUGUGUGCAGAUGUCCUCUCCUGGUCCUCAUGUGUUUCUGCUGGUGCUAAAGCUUGGAGUGAGAUUCACAAAAGAGGAGAGAGACACAGUGAAAUGGAUUCAGGAGAAAUUUGGAGAAAAAGAUAUAAGUCGUACCAUCAUUAUGUUCACUCACGCUGAUCUGCUGAAGGGAAAACCUCUGGAUGAGUACAUCAACAAAAGUGACUAUUUAAAGGAAAUAGUUCACAGCUGUGGAGGCAGAUAUCACUCAUUCAACAAUGAGGACAGAAACAAUCAAGAUCAGGUCAAUGGACUGCUGAAAAAGAUCAACUCAGUGAUGGAAGAAAAUAAAAAUAAGAGAAAUCAGGCAGAAAUUACAGGGAGAAUAAACCAGAAAAUGAUUGCAUGGGCAGUUAUAGUGCUGCUAGUUGGUAUAGUUUUUGCAUUACUGCUGAAAAAGAUGAAGUUGGAGGAACCGAUGUCACCUACAGCAGAAGAUGGAGCAACAGAUGUCACAGCUACACCAGAAGACAGAGCAACAGAUGUCACUGCUACAGCAGAAGACGGAGGAACAGAUGUCACAGCUACAGCAAAAGACCAAGGAACAGAUGUCACAGCUACAGCAGAAUACGGAGCAACAGAUGUCACUGCUACAACAAAAGACGGAGGAACAGAUGUCACAGCUACAGCAGAAGACGGAGGAACAGAUGUGACAGCUACAGCAGAAUACGGAGAAACAGAUGUCACUGCUACAACAGAAGUUCAAUCUCUGUAUCUGAGGAUAAUUCUUCUGGGAAAAACUGGAUCUGGAAAGAGUGCAUCAGGAAACACAAUCCUGAACAAAGAUGCGUUCACAGUGAAAAACUCUCUGAAGUCAGUUACAACGGCCUGUGAGAAACAGGAAGCAAUUGUUGAUGAACGAAGUGUAUCAGUUACAGACUGUCCCUGUCUGUUUGACACUUCAGCCAGUCACAGAAACCUACAGACUUUAUUACAUGAGUGUGUGCAUCUUUCAGCUCCUGGUCCUCAUGCGUUCCUGCUGGUUAUAAAACUGGGUGCAAAAUUCACAGAGGAGGAGAAAAACGCAGUGAAAUGGAUUCAGCAGAACUUUGGAGAAGAUGCUGUGAAGUACACCAUCGUUCUGUUCACUCACGCUGAUGCACUGAAGGGUAAACCUGUAGAGGAAUAUAUCAGCAAAAGCAAAGAUCUUCAGGAACUGAUUCAGACCUGCUACGGUAGAUAUCACUCGUUCAACAAUGAACACAGAAAUGAUCGAGACCCGGUCAUAGAAUUGCUGAAAAUGAUAGAAAAGAUGGUCAAUUUCAAUGGAGGGAAGCCCUGCACUAGGAAGAGGAAUUAA